GCAUUGUUUGAUCACCAUACCCACACGAAGCAAUGAUAAGAAUGGAUCACGUCUGGAGGAAAAUCUUCUUUGCUAUAAUAGUUAUCUCUGACAAGAUAAGCCAAUUGCAGACCUUCAAUGUUGGCACCGCAGAUGCUAGGAUUUUCCUCGGCCCAGCUUCUGAUGAAUUUGGUUACACUGUCCAACAAGCACCAAACUAUCAGGACAAAUGGCUCCUAGUUGGUGCUCCUUGGAGUGACAACAGGAAGGGAGAUAUUUACAAGUGUCCAGUCCAGGGAUCCAGUAACAGAUGUGAAAAGCUCAACCUUCAAGAUUCUGUUAGAAUUCCCGAUGUUAUAAAUGUCAACGCCAACAUGUCUCUGGGUUUGACUCUUGCUCCCAACCAUACAGGCCAUGAUUUUUUGAUGUGUGGUCCUCUUUGGGGACAGCAGUGUGGCGAUCAGAACUUUUAUCCAGGAAUUUGCUCGAAACUCAACCCCCUCUUUCAGCCUCAACCUGCCUUUUCUCCUGCCAUUCAGACAUGUUCAGGAUUGAUGGACAUUGUGAUUGUUUUGGACGGCUCAAACAGCAUUUAUCCAUGGCAACCAAUGACGGAGUUCCUGCGCAAAUUGAUACCUUCUUUAGAUAUCGGGCCUCAAAGUACACAGAUGAGCGUCAUUCAGUAUAGUGAUGGCCAAAAGGUUGAAUUCAAACUGAAUCGUUACACAGACAAGAACCAGAUGCUUAAUGCAGCAUCCAAAAUCACACAGAUGUAUGGUACUUCUACCAAUACCUUCGCCGCAAUCACAUUUGCCAGUAAGGAAGCUUUUUCUGCAAGCAACGGUGGCCGACCUGAAGCUGCUAAAGUCAUGGUGGUUGUUACUGAUGGGGAGUCGCAUGAUAGCUACAAAAGAGACAGCGUCAUCGCUGAGUGUGACAAGCAAGGCAUCAUUCGAUUUGGUAUUGCGGUGUUGGGUUACUACAUCAGAAACAACAUAGAUACAAAAAAUCUCAUCCAGGAAAUCAAAUCCAUUGCCAGUGAACCCACAGAGAAGUACUUCUUCAAUGUGUCAGAAGAAGCAGUCCUUUCCACCAUCGCUGCGACUUUAGGAAAACGCAUCUUCAGCAUAGAGGGUACUGGAAAAGAGGCAGAUAGCUUCCAGAUGGAGAUGUCCCAGGUCGGAUUCAGUGCAUACUACUCCAAGCAGCAGGAUAUGAUGAUGCUGGGAGCAGUGGGAGCAUACGCCUGGAGUGGGACUGUUGUCCAUCAGAAAGGAUCUGUAGCAACUAUUUUCCCUUUUUCCGCCUUUGAGGGAACGCUUCAAGAGAAUAAUCACAGCUCACUGCUGGGUUAUGCUCUCACCACGCUGACUGAUGGGUCUACAGAAUAUUUUGUAGCUGGAGCUCCUCGCUCCAACCAUUCCGGACAAGUCAUCAUUUACACUGUGAACCCCCAGAAACAACCUGUUGUUGUGGAUACAGAAAGAGGGAAACAGAUUGGGUCAUACUUUGGGAGCGUCCUGUGCUCACUGGAUGUAGACGAUGAUAAAGUGACAGAUUUGCUUCUGGUUGGAGCUCCCAUGUACAUGAAUGAGGUGAAGAAAGAACAAGGCAGAGUCUACUUAUUCUCCGUCACCAAGGGAAUACUGAAUGAGCAGGGAUUCCUCAACGGUCCUUCUGGAAAUGAAAAUGCUCGUUUUGGAAUGGCUAUCUCUGUCAUUCCUGACCUCGACCUCAACGGAUUCAGUGAUGUUGUGGUUGGAGCCCCCAUGGAGGACAAGGGAAAGGGUGUGAUUUACAUCUACAAUGGCUACAACAAGGGUCUAAAAAAAGACUUCUCACAGAAAAUCCCAGGCUCCAAGCUAAAUCCUCAACUUCAAUUUUUUGGAAGAUCUUUAGACAGCAAUAAAGACCUGAAUGGUGAUACCAUUCCUGACAUCUCCAUUGGUGCUUAUGGAUCCGUUGUCCAGCUGUGGUCCAGAGGAGUGGCAGUUGUUACAGCUAAAGCCUCCUUCAAACCUGAUAAAAUCAGCAUUUUAAACAAAGACUGUGACAUUAGUGGACGCAAGCUCUCUUGCUUCAAUGUGAACAUCUGUUUUAGUGCUUCAUUCAGACCCACAAAUCCUGUGGGACCCAUAGAUUUAUCCUACACAUUGACUCUGGACGCUGACCUGAAGGGUUCCCGGGUAACUUCAAGAGGACUGUUUGUAGUAAACAAUGAACGAUACCUAAAGGAGAAGAUAAAAAUAUCCUCCACAUCCCUAUGUGUAGAUCGCAGGGUUUAUGUUCAGGAAACACCAGACUUAGUAAAUUCCCUCAGUCUGAAAGUAGAAGUUGAGCAAGAAAAUCCAGACGUCAACCCUGUCCUUGACAGCUUUUCUCCAAAAGCCUUUGAAUUCUUUAUCCCUUUUACUAAAGACUGUGGGUCAGAUGAAUUGUGUGUUAACGAUCUGGAGCUGAAUGUGAAGGUGGACAGGCAGGGGUCCAGCUCAAGUCCAGUUCUGUUCAGCGCCAACAAGCGGGAACUGAAAUUCAAAGUUGUUGUGAAGAAUAAAAAUGAGAAUUCAUACAACACACAGGUCUCUGCCACGUUCUCCAACAACCUCUUCUACUCCUCUGCCACUGCUACAGAUGAAGUCAAAUGCACAUCAACACUAAAAAAUACAGUCACCUGUCAGGUGGGAUAUGCAGUAUUAAAGAAAGACCAAGAGGUUAACUUUGAGAUCACAUUUGAUUACAGUUUUGAUUCUCAGGAAAACCAAGCCGUUGUGAAAUUUGAGGCCAGAAGUGAUGGAAAAGAGGAAAAUCCUGCCGACAAUACUGUGCAAAUAUCCAUUCCUGUGCAAUUUGACACAGGAGUUGUGUUGUCCACGGAGUCAAAUAUCAACUUUUAUGUGGCAGACUCAACCAAUCAAGUGGUAACCACGGUGAAAACUCUGAAUGACAUAGGACCGGAGUUUACCUUUACAGUGAAGGUCUCAACAGGUAUAUUCCCUCUCAGCCUCCUUUUUCUCACAAUAAGUCUGCCAGUGAAAACAAAAGGUGAAAAUCCACUCCUGUAUUUAACCAGCGUGGAGCCACAAGCUGGAGAAUCUAUCAGCUGUUUCACAAGCCUAAAGAAUCCUCCACAUAUUGGUGAACAAAUUCAGACGGUUUCAUUCAGAGAGGAGAAUCUCAAAGGUACAAAGACACUGGACUGUACAAGUGCAAAAUGUGAGAAGAUAGAAUGCAUCCUUAAAGACACUGAAAUAAAGAGUGACUAUUUGGUAAAGGUUAAAACAAGAAUCUGGAAUGGCACAUUUAUUACGGCUUCAUAUCAGAGCAUAAAUCUGAUUUCCAGCCUGGAUGUGAAGACCUCCAAACCAGAUCUUCUCAUUGUCCAAUACAAGCAUCUGGAUGUGGUUUUGCCUGUCAGCAAACCUGGAGAGAAAGCUGAUGUUCCAGUUGGUGUGAUAGUUGGUAGCGCCAUAGGUGGCCUGGUGCUGCUGGCUCUGGUUGUUGGUCUGCUGUAUAAGUUUGGAUUUUUCAAAAGAAAGUACCAGCAGCUUCAGAAGGAGGAUGAUGAGGACAGACAGGUCCAUGCACAUGAUGAUGAAGUUUUGUGAGGAGGAACCCCUUCAGUCAUCUCUCUGUCUGUAAAGCUCGAGUGUUGGUAUUGGCACAUCUGUAGCGCAAACUGAUCAGAACUUAUUCACUGGAAACUGGGCACUUUAAGGAAACAGUUGCUUGUAAGUUUGUGGAUGAAUGAGAUUAAGUUCUUUAGCUCUUUUACAGGGGAUUAUUGUUGUGUGUUGCUUUGUGAAUUGUAGAGAUUUGUGACAAAUGUGCACUGUUUGUUUAUCUUCAGAAAUAAUAUUUUUUUUUAGGUUAUGGAUGGACUUUACAAUUAGAUGCAGAAUUGUCAUCUGUAAUUUUACACUGUAACUGGAUCCUGGAUGAUUUUUGGGGAGGGAAUUGUUUGUUUUGUUUACCUAUUUUGCUUUAAGCAGUUUGUGCCACAAACUGACUUGGGGAUUAAAUUUUGCAUCUGACUCUCAGGGCUACUUUUAUAUUAAAAGUACUAAUAUUAAUGGUCUAAAAACAAGAUAGAAAAAGGAAUAAAAUCCUGUAGGUUGUAAUUUACAACACCCUCUUUAUUCAUUGGAACUCCUUGAUAUAGAUGUUGAAAAAGGCCUUCAAAUAAGUUCAUCUAGUUGCAUUUGAAUCAUCAGCUGGACAAAACUGCUGCCAUUUCCUCAGAUUGGAGAUUCAUCCUCCUGACAGUUUGGUGGUUAGUUUAUCACACUUCCUGUUGUUUUUAUCUGCUUAAUCAGUGCCCUGAUAAUGUGGUUAAGUUUAGGUAAAUAGCCAUUUUCUUUCUGCUAUUUUCUGACUUCCGAGGAUCAGCUUGAAUGGCAUGUCCUCUCAUAUUUUCCGUUUGGAAGAGUAAGAGAAUAAAGCUGUGCCACAUCAUAUUUGUACCCCAGGGAAUCAGGUAAUCAUUGAGAACUAAUAAAGGCAAAAAAAUUAUUUCCUGCCAUAGAUUCAAUUUGGUCUCAAAUGAACAGUUGGUUUUUCAAACCAUGUCAGCGUGAGAUUCAGCUGCUGCAAUAAAACAUGGAUUUAUUUCAGGAACUUAAAUAUGGAGCGUAUUGUAUGUUGUUGCUGUGUUUAAUUUAGUUCUUUUUUCUGUAUGUAAGAACUAAAGUUAUGAUUUUACAGAGUUUUUUUUAUUAUGUGGAGUUGGAACUUGAUACACUGCUGUUGAUUAUAUUUGUGGUACAUGAUUUUUAUCAUUAGAGGCAUCAUUUAUUAGUCAUUUGUUGAUGAAAUCUCACCAUAGUUUUCAGUUAAAUUAUUAAAUUUACAGAUUAUUUUCAGGGGUCUCAAACUCCAGUCCUCGAGGGCCGCAGUCCAGCAA